GAGGUUUGAUCCCGUCGGUUAAUCUGAAUGUUCUUUCCAUUGUGUUUAGUCACACUUUUACAAUUUAAAAAAAAUUAAUGAGCAAAUAAAUAAAUAAACGUUCAGCCUCCCCCAUGAUGCGGCUGGUGUGUCCAUCGCGCAUGCGCCGAGGCUGCCCGUCACGACUCGGAUGCUGCCGCUGCGGGUGUCGACAUGGCGAUGAAGGCGCUCAGAGGGAUGAUGAACGGGGCCAUGAGUGAGCUGUCCUCGGCCGUCAGCGGGAACAGGACUCCGGCCGCCGCUCCGGCCGCCGCCGCCGCCUCCCGGGAGCAUGUGAUGGCCGUGAAGCGGGAUUACAUCUCCCAGCCCCGCCUCACCUAUAAAACCGUGUCGGGAGUCAACGGUCCGCUGGUGAUUUUGGACCAAGUGAAGUUCCCCAGGUACGCAGAGAUCGUCCACCUCACGCUGCCGGACGGCACCAAGCGGAGCGGCCAGGUGCUGGAGGUCACCGGCUCCAAAGCCGUGGUCCAGGUGUUUGAGGGGACUUCAGGUAUCGAUGCCAAGAAGACCAGCUGUGAGUUUACAGGAGACAUCUUGCGGACGCCUGUCUCUGAGGACAUGCUGGGCCGUGUCUUUAAUGGAUCUGGUAAACCUAUUGACAGAGGACCAGCAGUCCUGGCUGAAGACUUCUUGGAUAUCAUGGGUCAGCCUAUAAACCCUCAGUGUCGAAUCUACCCUGAAGAGAUGAUCCAGACCGGAAUAUCAGCCAUCGACGGCAUGAACAGCAUCGCCAGAGGGCAGAAAAUCCCCAUCUUCUCUGCUGCAGGGCUGCCACACAAUGAGAUCGCGGCUCAGAUCUGCCGCCAGGCCGGUUUGGUGAGGAAGUCCAAAGACGUGAUGGACUACAGCGAGGACAACUUCGCCAUCGUGUUUGCAGCCAUGGGGGUCAACAUGGAGACGGCCAGGUUCUUUAAGUCUGACUUCGAGGAGAACGGCUCCAUGGACAACGUCUGCCUGUUCCUCAACCUGGCCAACGACCCCACCAUCGAGCGAAUCAUCACGCCGCGUUUAGCUCUGACAUCAGCGGAGUACCUGGCCUAUCAGUGUGAGAAGCACGUCCUCGUCAUCCUCACCGAUAUGAGCUCCUACGCGGAGGCUCUGCGAGAGGUGUCGGCGGCCCGAGAGGAAGUGCCGGGCCGGCGAGGGUUCCCCGGUUACAUGUACACGGACUUGGCCACCAUCUACGAGAGAGCCGGCAGGGUGGAGGGACGUAACGGCUCCAUCACUCAGAUCCCGAUCCUCACGAUGCCCAACGACGACAUCACUCAUCCCAUUCCUGACCUGACCGGAUACAUCACAGAGGGACAGAUCUACGUGGACAGACAGCUCCACAACAGACAGAUCUACCCUCCCAUCAACGUGCUGCCGUCUCUCUCACGUCUGAUGAAGUCCGCCAUCGGGGAGGGGAUGACCCGCAGAGACCACUCGGACGUCUCCAACCAGCUCUAUGCGUGCUACGCCAUAGGAAAGGACGUCCAGGCCAUGAAGGCCGUGGUGGGGGAGGAGGCUCUGACAGCUGACGAUCUGCUCUAUCUGGAGUUCCUGACCAAGUUUGAGAAAAACUUCAUCUCCCAAGGUGCCUACGAGAACCGCAGCGUGUUUGAGACCCUGGACAUCGGAUGGCAGCUCAUGAGGAUCUUCCCCAAAGAGAUGCUGAAGAGGAUCCCUCAGAGCACCUUAGCCGAGUUCUACCCGCGAGAAGCCAAACACUGAGGUGUUUCAGUGAACCCUCACGGCGUACAUACAGUAAAGUGUUGUGCCGUCACAUGCUGUAACCGUCCUGACAUUCACGUGGCCUCGACAACACGCCAUUUCUGCUUCAACAAACCGGAAACAUGCAGAGGAAGCGCCGACGUACGCAGACGUUUGUAUGUGUUCGCAGUGUGAAUGUGAAGAGUGUCGAGAACCAAGUCGCCGUGUGGGCGAUCAGUUAGCAAACGAGUCCAGAAAUAAAUCGAAUCCCAGCAGCUUUUCACACCAGUCAGGCCGUUGGACGUUUUGCCCAAAAUGUCUGACUGUUCCUUUAAAGGCAUCCCACAGGGGAGAGGAGAGUGUGAUGUCACAGCGCACUGCAGUCCGCCUGUGUGUCACUGCAGUGCGCUGAGAAGGUAAACCACCAGAGGUCAGUAGAAACAAGCUUUUCAGGGCAGGAUGAGUAACUUUUUAAUAUCGUUUUCAAGCUUCAAAACUUGCUGUGAUCGAGCGUCACGACCGCCGACUGAAGCUCUCGCCUCGUGUUUAUUCUCUGAAGGCUGAAGUGAAGCUUCGGCCGGAGUCAACAUUUCUGUGUGUAAACGCGCCGCGGCUAACGAGACGUCUCACCUGAGUGAACUUUAGAGGUUUGAUGACAGGCGCGUGAGCUCAUUAAAGAGUUUUCUGUUGGCGGUCAGCGCACACUUCCUGUCCUUGUUCUUGCCACACGAUCGCGACACUUUGACACCCCGUCGUGUUCUGCGGUGAGCUACGCGGCCUGUUCGGAUCAAGUGCUGUCGGUGUUAGAGGAGGAAGACGAAGUGACGACGUGCAUGUGGAGGCUGAAAGUGAACCUUCAUUCCUUCGGUGUUUGAUGUCCGUGUUCUUCUCUUUACAUCCUUUUAUUCUCGCGCCAAAAGCCUCGAGUGUUUUCUGUGUCUGUGUUGUGGACUUUGAGCGUCGACGCGUUUCUGUUCCAGCUGUGUGUGCAUGUUGACCUGCUGGAUGUUUUAAUGGGCUUGCAUGCACUGAAUGUUUCCUGUUGGUGCCUCAUGUAUCAUCUGAAAUAAAAGCUGCUGCUGUGUCCUUAUUCCA